AUGGAGGCGAUGGAGCAGCUCGAGGAGGCGGAGGCUCACCGUGAGGAGUUGGGUGCAGACGCGCUCGAGGCCGCGAUCGGAAUCGGCCUCGGCGGCGAGGGAUCGACCUUGGGCUCGGGCGUCAACCGGCGGCGUUUCAUGUACGGCGGGGGCCUCCCCACCAGCGGCGCAGGCCCGUCAGGCGGCGACGGCAGCGAAGCGCGAGGCGGCCUCUCGCUCCGCUCGCUCCUGCAGAUGGGCUUGGCUCAGCAUGCGACGGGCAAGUCUUCGUCCGCCGCCGGCUACACCGAGCUCCGCGACUCCGAGCCCGGCUCCUUCGCCCGGGCCGGCUCCAAGGGAAUCGGCCUGAUCGCCGCGGGGGGCGUCGAGGACGAGGUCCCCCUCGUCGACCACGGGCUCGGGCUGGGGGCGCGGCUCCGCUCCUCGCUCGGCGCCUUCAAGGCGCGCGCGCAGGAAUUCCUCUUGAUCGCCGCGCUCGGCGUCGGCGCCGCCACCCUCUCCCUCGCCAUCACCCUCACCGCCGCCUUUCUGCACCGGCUGCGGCAGCGCAUCGCCGAGCGAGCGGCGGCGUGGGGGCGCGGAGACGCAAAGGGCGGCGGGGAGGAAGAGCUCGACGCCACCGCCGCCGCGCUCGGCCUGGUGGCGCAGUACGGGCUCUACAUCGCCUUCUCGCUCGCUUGCGCCACCGUCGCCCUCGCCACCACCCUCCCGGCGGUCGGCAUCCCCGAGAUGAAGGCCAUCCUCUCCGGCUACUGGCUCCCGCGCUACCUCUCGCCCUCCACCUUCGUGGCCAAAGUGAUCGGCCUGACGACCGCUCUCGCGGCGGGCUACACCAUCGGCCGCGAGGGUCCCCUCGUGCACCUCUCCUGCACGCUCGCGACGGGGCUGAUGACGCUGCCCGGCUUCGGCGCCAUCGCCGAGUCCCACAACCUCAAGCGGUCCAUGCUCGGCGUCGCGUGCGCCGUCGGCGUCGUCGCAACCUUCGGCACGCCGAUCGGCGGCGUCCUCUUCUCGAUCGAGGUGACGUCGACCUACUACAUGGUCUCAAACCUGUGGCGCUCCUUCCUCGGCUCCUUCUUCUCGGUCGCCGCCUUCCAGCUCUUCGCCGGCCUCGAGCUCAUCUCGGCGGUCCCUAACACCCGCUUCGCCUACACGGCGCGGCAGCACGUCGCGCGCGACUACGUCGUCUUCCUGGGCGUGGGCGUGCUGCAGGGCCUGCUCGCUGCCCUCCUCGUCCACCUCCUCACCACCGUGCACAAGGGACUCCGCUCCCUCUCCCUGCUCAAGCCCGCGCCGCGCCGCUUCGCCACCGGCCUCCUCGUCUGCGCCGUCUGCACCACUCUCGGCAUCGCCUUCCCGCCCCUCGGCAUGACCAACCACCAGGCCCUCUCCGGCCCCCUCACGCGCGAGCCACCCCGGCAUCUGCUUCACGAGACAUCGCUCCUGCGUAGCUCUGCCCCGCUAGUCGGCUCGGACUCUUCUUCCCGCGCCGGGGAGGAGGCGAUCCUCCGGUCGGCUCCCUUCCUCUUCUGGAGCUGGGGCGCGACCGCCGCGCAGCAGACGAGCCACUGGGGCGGGUGGGGCUCGGAUCCGCCUCCCCCUCCGCCACGCGCGCCGUCCGGCUACUCCAAGACGUCGGAGCUGCCCGUGCUCGCCGCCUUCUCGCUGGCGCAGGCGGGCUCGAUGAUCCUCUCCAUCACGCUGCCCAUCCCCGCCGGCUGCUUCACGCCCAUCUUCGUCCUCGGCGGCACCACCGGCCGCCUCUACGCCGAGCUGCUGCACAGGCGCGCCGGCGCUGACUCGGCGCUCGUCGACUAUGACGGCGACGCGCUGCCCGCCGCGGUGGUCGCCGUCGUCGGCGCCGCCGCGCUCGUCGCGGGCAGCACGCACACGCUCUCAACCGUCGUGAUGGUUCUUGAGCUGACGGGGCAGCAGACGUUGCUGGGGCUGCCGUACAUGCCUCACUUGCGCACCAAGCAGAUGGUUGGCAAGGCAGCGGCGGACAUCAUGCGGCCGACCGACGCGGUGGCGGAGGCCGCACAAAAGGAGAUGAUCAACAGCUGGCGCGGCGCGUGGAAGGGUGCGCAGUCGCUGCUCGAGCCGGGCAGCCGGGCCGGCGGCCUGCGCUCCACAGCGGCGCCGGCGCGCACGCUUGGCGAUGCGUGGGGCUGCGGCGCCGGCCGAGGAGAGCAGGAGAGCUGCCGCUCCUCCAUCCUGUCUGCGGGCGCGCCGGACCUCGAGGCCCUGCCGGCCUCCAACCCGUACCACCCCUCCCGCUACGGCUCCUCCGACAAGCGGCUGCCGCCGCUGCCCGUGCUGCACUACGGGAUGAGCGUGCGCCAAGUCUACGACUUUUGCUGCAGCGCGCGCGACCGCUUCAUCCCCCUCAUCGAGGACGAGUCGACGGCCGUCCUCGCCGGCUCGGUAAUGCGGGCGCAGCUCAUCGACUGGUUUGUCAUCGAGAUGCCGCCGCCGCCCGAGCGACCGCCGCCCAUUUCAGUGGUUGCGAGGGACCUAUUCGCCGCCGCCGGCCACGACCCGCAGUCCGCCGGCGGCUCGCUCGACUCGCUCGCCGUCGGCACCGCUCCGCAGGCGGAUUUGGUUGCGCGGCACGGGCGGUCAAAUUCGGACAUCUCUUUAGACUUGGAGAUGUUCCGCCGCGCGAUGGCUGCGAGCGACCCUUGCUGUGCGGCGUGUGCGCACACUGCCGGUGAGGACAGCGGACGCGCUCUCGAGAACGCGUCGCUCCGGAUUUGCGUGGGAGGGGAUGGGCCGUUCGGCCUCUCGCCGGCAGAGGAGGAGGAGCUGUUCCGGGAGGAGGAGUCGCCGCGGGAAAACUUCCCUCUCGUGAGUCCGCCCAAGAGGCACAGCCGCUCUCACUCCCAGACCUUUCGGCGCCACUCGCUCGCCGACGGUGCAAGCAUGUUCGGGGAGCGGUCUACUCCGUCGCGGCUCUCUCGCGCUCUCGCACCGGGGCAGCACGCGCGGCUCUCUCACUUCCGCGCCUCGCUCUCCGCUGCUGCCGCCGCGUCCCUCGAGGCGGCAGCUUGCGCGCUUCCGCUCGAGGCGUCGCCAGACGCGGGCUUCGGCCCCGAGCGAGGCCCUCUCGGCACGGACUCGCGCGCGCUGAGUUCGUCGACCGCCGAUCCGUUCGCGAUCACGUGGCCCGCCGACGGCGGAGAAGAGGCUGACUCGGGUAGCUCGGGCGUCACGCGCCAGCUCCGCCGGCUCUCGAUGGGCGGCAAGGUUGGCGACGCGUCGCCCGCGCCGCGGUCGCAGCAGGCCCAGCAGGGCGACAUACUACGGCGCGCUGCUGCCAGCGACGGCGCAUCGCCCGCCACGCCGCUGUCGGUUGCCCGCCACCGCACGCACGCGCCGCCGCAGAGCGCGGCUGGCGGGGCGGCGGAGAGGAAGGCGGCUAGCGGGACCAGGACGCCACCGAUGGCGCCGCCGCGGGAUCUGAAGGCGUCGCCGCGGGAUCUGGAGGGCGGGAAGACCGCAGCGACGCCGGACAGCCGGAAGUCGCUCGACAGCGGAGGGCGCCGCCGGCCGUCGAGCGAUAGCGGAGGGCGCCGCCGGCCGUCGAGCGACCUCCGGGAGCUGUCGACGGAGCGCGCGCGCGAGGCGGCGCCGCUGGUCGACGCUCUACUCGGGUGCGGCAAGGGGGAGAGAGGCUUCAUGAGCGGCAGCGAGGACGACGAGCAAGUCGACGAGCUUGGAGACGUCCACAAUGACGACGCUGCGGGCAAGAAGGCCGCCGCCGCCUUUGAGGCCGAGGCCGGCGGCGGGAAGGAGGCCCCGCUGUUCGGUGGCGAGCCAGUCGGCGAGUCGGCGGCGGAGUCGAGCGAGAGCAGCCACGAGCGCCUCGAGCGCCUCAUCGGCGACCUCUCAACGCCCUUCCCGUUUGACGAGAUCGAGUACAACCGCUGCGCGCUGCAGGUCUCGGCCCGCACGGAGCUCGAGGAGAUUCACUCCCUCUUCUCCUUCAUGCGGAUGGGGCAGGUCUGGAUCACCGCCGGAGGGAGGCUCCUGGGAGUCGUGACCGACUCGGCACUCAUCGAGUGCUGCAUGGCGCCGCCGUCGUGA